AUUUGAAAAAAUUCCGCCUGUAAUUUUAUUAAUUUUCUACACGCGCAUAUUUUUAUUUUUUUUUUUUUUGCAAUUGAUUUGGUGUAAAAAUUCCGGAAAUUGUUAAUUGUCUGCUAACUACAGGGUCGUCAAUCCUUUACCAUUUCGCAUGUAUAUUAUAAUAUAUGUAUAUAUAUCAUUGAAUAGUAUAGGGUGAAUUUUUAGGGGAUGUUUCUUGCUCUUGAAAUGGAUGUCCGCGCACCCCAUACUAAAAACCAGGCAGCUGACUGCUUUCAGUUCAGUACUCAUAGUUUGCAGUGUCUAUUAAAAUAUACCCAAGUGCUCUACAUGCCUCAAUAUAAACGUAUGGAAAUUAAGAUAAAAUCAAUAAAUCAACAACGGCUGAGUUUUAUUUUUAAAAUGCAAUUAAUUUGAAAAAUACCUGCCGUGAAAUACCUGGAAAAAUUUAUACAUUCAACAGUUAAAUAUAUAGAUAUAUUAUCAGGCUUCUGAAUAAAUCAUGUUCACUCUCACUGAUGAUGAUAAAAAUAAUUACUGGUAUGACAAAAUGGAUUUGAAUAACAUCAUAAAAAUACCCUGUGUCAAUGACAGUGAAAUGAACAUCAAUUAUGAUUGUAUGGAAAAUUUAAAUGUCAGUAAUUUAAAUAAUGCAGCGAUGGAUCCUCAAUUCCAACCAUUUCCGGAAAUGAUAGCAGCUACGACAGAAGACAAUAACUACAUUUCAACAUCUUACGAACUUUUGGCCUCACAGAAUGACAACUAUUUGAAUUCAUUUCAAAAUCCGCCAGUUCAAGAUUUGGUAACUCAAAAUUUGAACCUGCCGCCAGUUCCAAUCAGUGAUUACGCAUUGGUCCCGUGUUAUUAUUUGGUUGUGCCUGAGAAUGAUCUGAUGGCUCCAGCGAAUGUCGCUCCAGUCAUAGAACCGGUGGCAGAAGAAAUUCCUCUAAGUCUCGAAGACGGAAAUAAUUUCGUUAUGGUAAACAUGGAAGAAAUGAAUACAGCAAAUGAUAAUUUUGUUUAUCCUGAUGAAAAUGAUAUUCAAAAUUCUGAGGAAUUAUCAACUAAUGAACGAAAUGAAUUUUUUAUUGAUGAGAUUUGUCAGACUGGUUCUUCUAUCGCGAGUCCUGUAGCUCACGAUUUACAAUCAAUGGAUUCUGUAGAGACGGAAAAACUGAUUGACGCACCAGCAGAGUCAUCACCGACCCAAGUCGAACAAAGUCUACCAAAUCCAUGUGAGGCCGAUUCUCCCGCUAAUUUUGAAUCUCAAGAAACUCAACCAGAGACGGGGAAAAAGUACCAGUGUAAAAUUUGUCCGCGAAAAUUCAACUGGGCGAAUCAGUUAGAAAUCCACAUGGGGAUUCACGUCAGCGACAAACUGCACCACUGUCCAGUUUGUCAAGUCAACUUCUAUCAGUUCCAUUUUCUGAAACGUCAUAUGCGCACUCAUACGAGUGACAAAAAGUACACGUGUGAAAUUUGCCAGGAAGAAUUCGACUGGCCGCAGUUUUUAGAGGAACAUAACAAACGUUGUUUUGCUGUUGAUAAUCCCCACAUGUGUGAUAUUUGCCAAGCAGAGUUCAGUACCAGUUACAAACUGAAACAGCACGCGCGCACUCACUCCAAAAAGAAGACAUACGAGUGCAAUGUCUGUCAUAAAAAAUUGACUAGACAGUUUUUGCUAAACACUCACAUGCUUCUGCACACCGGACCCCAACGAUACGAGUGUGAUAUUUGUAAAAUAGAGUUCAGUAGUAAUUACAAACUAAAACAGCACAUGCGCAUGCACACCGACCCUAAAAAAUAUGAGUGCAGUGUUUGUCAUAAAAAAUUUAUAUGGCCCUCGCAAUUGAAUGUUCACAUGCGCCAUCAUACCGGCGAGAAGCGAUACGAGUGCGAUGUUUGUCAUGUCAAAUUCACUACCGCCUGUAAUUUGAAAAACCACAAGUACAUUCACACCGGAAGAAGACCCUACGAGUGUGAUAUCUGUCACGCUAAUUUUGCCAGGCCUCUUGAUAUUGCCCGGCAUAUAAAAAUUCACUCUGCGGAAAGGAAAGACGAGUGUGAAAUUUGUCACCUGAAAUUUAAAGGCCCGAGGAAUUUGAAGCAGCACAUGCGCAUACAUACCAAUGAGAAACCGUUCAAAUGUGACAAUUGUCAGUCGACAUUUUCGCAAAAGUUUUAUCUGACAAAACACAUGCAGACUCACUACAGCGAAAAAUCUUUCGAGUGCGACUACUGUCAGACUAAAUUUUCCCAAAAGCCAUACUUGAUACGUCACAUCCGCACGCUGCAUUACGGUAAUAAUCCGUAUGGGUGCAAUGAGUGCAGUGAAAAAUUUCACUCAUUGCGGGACUUGCAUCAGCACAAAAGUGUACACACUGGUGAGAUUCCGUACCAGUGUGACGUUUGUAAAAAAAUAUUCUUCAAGUUCAAGCAUCUGCUGACCCACGAGCGAAUUCACGCGGGUGAAAAAUUGUACAAGUGUGACAUUUGUAACGCGGGGUUCAAUCAAAUCGGACAGGUUCAAAUCCACAAGAUCAAACACCACGAGUCGCCGAAGUCUGAUGACUUCAAGUGUAAAUUUUGUGAUGAAUCUUUCAUGAACUGUCAGUUGCUGAAGCAUCAUCUCAAGACUCAUAAAAAUGAUAAAUUUAUUUACUGUACGAUUUGUCUCUACAAGACGAGAUGGCCGAUGUCGCUCAAAGUCCACGUGCUCAAUCACUCUAAACCUGGGUUGGUUAUUUGUCAUGACUGCGGGAGAUCAUCAAAGCGAAAAAACUUGUUGCUAAGACACAGAAAUCGUUUUCACAAAAAGUAAUUUUGAGAAUUAUCCUGAUGUCAACAGACGAUUAACAAUUUUUGGAUUUUUUUCAACAAAUCGAUUAUGAAAAAAUAAAAAUAAAAAUGUGCGCAUGUAGAAAAUUUUAAAAACUAUAAGUGCAAUUUUUUUAAAUAUUUUUUUUUAUAAUUUAUCGUUUUUAAAAAAAUCCAAAAAUUAUUAGAUGUCGAACUUCGGUAUGAUAUUUUGAGAUAACGCCAAUUAGCGGUGGGAUUUUAAACUGAUCUGGUUGUCAAGUUCUUAAAUUAAGUUCAUAAAUGACAAGAAAAACUUUACCUGUGGUAUUAUUAUGAUAUUUUAAAUUAAAAUUGAAUAUUUUUGUAUGUGAUUUAUUUUUACCUCUAAGUAAAUUAUGAAAUUACUUAUUUUUUAUAUUUUUGUUUUUAAACUGAA